GAAGAAAAUGGCCGACAAGGCAACGGUAAAAGGGCAGGGACGUCGAGUGAGAUACGUGUUUUGGGCGAAAGAAAUGCAAAAUCCGUGUUAGAUCUCGCGAAAUCGAACGGAAAAUAUAGGGAAAAAGGACGUGUUAUUAUUUCCUUCAGUAUUUUAUUGACUAAAAUAUUAACGGAUUAGUCGAUUACAUUCGUGUAUUAAUUUAUCGUUUAAAAAAGCGUUCGCGGGCUGUGUGUAGGAACAAAAGGGCUCGCUAGAGAUAGUCAACUUCAACAAAGUUACAAUAUUUAUAAUACUUUACAAUGGCAGUUAGGUAGUUUUGAUGGUUUUCUCUGAGUUUUCGUGAACCUUAAAUAUAUUUUUAUCAAGUUGAAGAUGUAAAGGGAAAAAUUAUAAUGAAGCCACAGAAAAAGGCAACGGUUGCCCGGAAGGCAACAAAAAUGCCAACAAUUGCUAAAAAACGUCGCUCAUUUUUAGAGAAAACUAUAUCUGAUAUCAGGAAAGAGAAGAAGUCUAAGAAGCUUGAGAAGAUAGAUGAUGUAAAGAGGAGAAUGGAGAGUGAUAAGAAGAAAUUAGAGAAAACUGAUGAGAAGAAGAAAGUAGAGGAUAAGAAAAAGAUUGAGGAAAAGCGAAAGGACAAAUGUGAAAAAGUGGAUGAGAAGAAGAAAUGUAAAGAUAAUGAAAGAAAGUUAGAGAAAGUAGAUGAAAGAAAAUUAGAUAAAAUGGAUGAAAAAAUCAUUGAUGAGUGCACUUAUGAUUGUGCAGAAAAAAAGAAAGUACAAAAAAUAGAAGACAAAACUAAAUUGGAUAAACAAGUUGUAGAAAAUAAGAAAAAGCCUGAUAAAGUGGAAGAUAAAAAGAAAAACAGCAAUGAAAAUGUGGAAGAUCAAGCAAAACUGCUUGUGAUACCUACAGGAGAAAAUGAAUUACAAGAAGAGAAAGUAGAAAAUUUUUGUUCCAUUGCUAAGAAAAAAUGCAAGGAUGAGAAGAGGAAAGAUACAAAACUACUCAAGUCAGACAUUAAGGAAAGCCUGAAGAUAUCUGUGAUAAAGGAUAAAAAAUCAGAGCGCAAAAAGCUUCUUGGAAAAGGUACAGUAAACAAAGUUUCUUUAACGUGUACUAAGAAGGAUUCUAAAACAAAAUCAAUGCAAAAAAAAGGUAUUUCCAGAAAGACCGUUUUGGCAAAAAAAGCACAUCUGUCGGUAGUUCAAAAAUUGGUAGAUAAAAAGAUUAAGUUAAAGAAAAUGAUAAAAGAUGAAGAAACAUCGGUAAGCGAAGAGGAUGAAGCACUGAAAAGAACAAAAAGAAAAAGCGUUAACGUGUCUAAAACCAAAGUUUUACAGGAGAAGAAGCAAAAAUUAGGAAAACAUAUGAAAGCUAAAUUAUCUACAAAGAAUAAUAAAAUAAAUUCUGUAUUACGGAAAGACGAUAAAUUUAAAACGCUCGUAGAGAAGGUUGUACCUAAGAAGAAACUGGAUUCAAAGGAAUCGGAUAAAUCUUUAAACGAGCCUAAAAUGAUCGAAACAAACGAAGAACAGGAAGAAACAAUUGAUAUAAAGAGCGAAAUGAAAGAGGAUAAAGAGACGGAAAAGGGUUGCAAGGAAGAACUAUCGCAAUUAAAAUUACAGGAUAUUAAGAAAACUGUAAGAAAUACUUCGAGAAUAGGUAAAAAGGUAAUAAAGAAGAAGACGACGGUAAACUGUAAUCAGUCUUUGUCUUCUUCUGAAGAAAUAUCUUCGGAGGAGUCUAGUAAACAAAUGAAGGUUUGCGAAGAAAACACAAAUGAUAGUGUUUCUUCGAAACAAGAAGAGAUUGAUAACGAGACUGUAGUUGAUGCAAGUCCCAAAGAUGAAACGAUCAAUGGGGACAAUGUAACUGAUAACGCGUUAUUAACAGAUUCGGAAGAAGAUAGCGACGACGAGACAAAGAGUGGUAAACAAAAGGAUAUUAAGAAAGGGGAUAGGAGUAGUUCUCCCUCUGAUGAACGCGUUCGACGAAUGAGAUUAUUUGGUUUUUGGAGUGGACCAAAACGACAUAGGGUAGCUUCUUUAAACGCAUUAGCCAAAGUUCAUUGUUUGUACGAAAAUGAAACCGGAGGGGUGUAUCUCGGUGGUUUCUGUAAACCGAAACCCGAAAAGGAGAAGCAAAAGAAAACGAAGGAAGAGAAGGAGGAACCUGUUCGCAAGGAGAAAGAGAAGAAGACGGAAACUAAAACGGAAGAAAAUACUCCGAAAAGAAAACUUAGAAACGUCCCAGGGUUACGUGGAAAGCAUUGGGACAUGUUAGAAAGUUCAUCGUCUUCGUCUUCCUCCGACGACGAUUAUGAACGCGAGAAGAAUACGGAACACAAGAAGAAGAUAAUUAAACGAAGAAAGAAGAACGAAGAAGUAAUGGAUUUAAAAGACAUGGUUGUUUGCAAAAGAAUGGCGAGCCUUAACGCUUCGGCUAUCUUAGCCGCUUCUUAUUCGGACGAAAAGAAUCGGUGCGGUAGUAGUUGCUCUGAUUCUUCCAGCGAAUCGGAAGUCGAGAUUAUUAGAAGACGCAAACAGACUGACUCUGAUAUUGAAAAACGAAAAUCAAGGCAAAAUUCCGAACAAGAUGAUGUUUUAAAACCAUCUAACAAACUUGUUAUCUUGAACCAAGAUACAGAUGUUACUAUUACUGGUGUUUAUGUUAAUCAAACUCGAUCUACGCACCAUGAAGGCUAUUGUAGCUUUGCCGGUAUGCAAUAUAGAAUAAGUUCAACGAGUCAUACUCAAACUGCAGCUACCGCAGUUGCUACAGAGCUUCACGAUCAGCAAAAAUUGGAGCAACCCUGUAAAUCGUAUACACCGUUGGGUGCUUUAUCUUCUAUGCAACCACCGGGCAGUCAAGGUAAUCAUCCGAGUAUGUCGCCUCGAAGACAUUCUGCGUUUUCUGCUCCGCAUCAACAUGGGUAUUAUCAGCCGGCUGGUCCACUGAUACAACACCCACCAACUUUACCACCUAUUAAGGGACCUCCUCCAGAACCAACUCCGACACCUCCCCAAAAUUCUGAAGGUUCAGACGAUUUAGUUGCAACGUCAACUACUUCGGGAGGAACUAGUAGUACAGGAGGAGGGUUUUAUAGAGCAUAUUGUCCCACAUACUAUGGUACACCACCACAAUAUCCAGAUUUAUGUUAUCCACCAACAUAUUCUCAUCCACAUGCUCAUCCACCGCCUUAUUAUAAAUAUGCACCAACUUAUAGAAGGUAUCUUUUCAGGCAGUAUUAUGGAUAUCAGGAAUCUGGUGGAGGUGGUGGUCCCGGUAGCGGUGCUACCGCAGGAGGGCCAGCAGUCGUUGAUUAUCAAUCGCCUCCGCCACCACCCGGUGAAUAUCCUCUUCCACCCUAUUACGGAGCUUAUCCUCCGCCUCCGCCACCGCCUCCUCCUCCACCGAAUCCGGCAUAUUUACAUUCUCAGGGAAGACCUUUUGUAGAUCACGCAGCCUUCCAGGGUUGCCCAUGCCCGAUGCAGUCUUGUCCAAAAAACGUGGAUACUGGGCCCCUUAUUGGUAAUGGUAAGGGAGCGCCAGUGGUAUCGGGGCCCGGUCUGUCAUUGCCGCCCAGUGCUUUGGUAGGUCCGCCCUCGCCGGCGAGGGGGCUAGCCGGGCUAGCGCCGCCUCACGGUGCCAACGCCUGGGAUACGGAUCGCGUCCAACUUAACACUCAUCGCAACCUGAAUCAGAACCAACCGUUGGUCCCUUCGUCUCACAAUUUAGUCAGUGGACAUAAUCGCCCGCAAAAUUCUGACUGCAAGAACAAGGAUGAGAAAGACUGUUCAGAAGACAAGCUACAAAAGUGUGGAUGUCAAAAACGUGCCUGUACAUCAACUUGUGAAGUUAAAAUGGAAACUCUUUCGCCAGCCGAAAAGCUAACGGUGACGACAUGUCCGAGUAGUAAAUUCCACAAUUUUAAAUUGGAGAAUAACAAUGUGAAGUGUGAAUCUUGCAGUGUAGAAAUGGGGAAUAAUUUGUCAUGUGUUGCUAAUUGUAACGUUAAGUGCGAAUCAGAUUACAAAUGUGAUAUCAUGAAAUGUGAACAGUGUAUGAAAGAGGGUCAAAUGGUCAUUUUAGAAAUCGACAAAGAUUCAGGUAUAUUACUUGAUGAUAAAUUGGAUGCAGAUCCUGAUGUUAAGGAGGAACUGAGCGACGUUGCUGGGGUUGAUAGUGAAAAUUGGAAAAAGCCCGAUUACGAACCAACGGUGCAAGAAACGAUCGAAGAGGCUACGGAAAAGGAAGAAGAGGUAGAAAAGACGGAAAAGGUGGAAAUCGAAGAGGAACCUUCUAAAUGUCAGAAAGUUUCGAAACGAAAGUUAUCUUUAGAUAGCUUGUCCGACAGCAGAAAAAAGAGGAAAGUAAGUAAAAGGACGCUUUCCGUCGGUUCUUCGCAGGAUUUGAAUAACACUGACUUUUCGUCAAAAAUUUCUCUACCAAUCCUACCUCUCAUAAAAAAGAUUGAUAGUAACGGUGACGAAUGUGUUCUAAAGAAAAAACAGCCUAAAAAGGACAACCAAAAUCAAAAGCGCAAAGUUGAAAAUUCGAAUUCAUCCGAAAACGCGAUGAAAAAGUCCAAAACUUCUAAACAGAGUACAACAAACAAUAUACCAAGUUGUUUAAAGCAUGCUGCCAGUGACAAUUCUAUUAUGGAAACAAUUAAUAAUGUUAUACAAAACAGUUUACAUAUUACACAGAGGAAAGACCGGAAGAGUAAUAAUAAUAAAAAUGAGAAAUCAGAGAAAACGAAGAAGGAAACAAAUUUGUUGUCCACGGCGAAGAAAGUUGUUAAAAAAGUUGAUUUGGUCAAGGAUCUGGCGUCGGAGAAAUUAUCGAAGGUAAUCACGAAGGGUGGUCAGUAUAAGAAAACGGAAACACGUACGAAAUCAAGAGCGCAGGAGAAGAAUAAAUGCAAAGGAAAAGGUAAAUCCAAAGCGCAAGAAACGAAAACGAAAGAUAAUGGUAAGAAGCAGGAUAACGCAAAGUCGAGAACAAUCGAAGUAACUGAACCUAUUAAAAAGCCAGCUUUAGUUAAAAAGAAGAGAAAAAGUACGAAGAAAGCGCCGGUUAAGAAAUCAAACUCUAAAGUUGAAGAUUGUUCAACAGGAAGUGAGAAUUUGAUAUUAACCAGAAAAACAUUUUUAAAACCUAAAUGGAGUAACGGUUGGAGUUGGGAGGGUGAUCCGUUUGAAGCCAAAGUUUAUUUAACGAACGAGGAAUCGGCUAUACGUCGAUGCUACGCGAGUAUGAAACACGAAAGUGGUGACGUAUUGAGACCUCGUGACUGUGUUUUAUUAAAAAGUGGUCCACGAAAAGCAGACUUACCAUUCGUAGCAAAGAUUGCCGCGUUAUGGGAGAAUCCAGACGAUGGUGAAAUGAUGUUUUCCUUGUUAUGGUACUACAGACCUGAACAUACCGAGCAAGGUAGAACUCAGUACGAUACCGAGGAUGAAGUGUUUGCUUCACGGCAUCGUGAUGCUAAUAGUGUUGCUUGUAUAGAAGAUAAAUGUUAUAUUUUGACAUUUAAUGAAUACUGUCGGUAUCGUAAAAAUUUACGAAGAAUCGAAGAAGGAUUAGAGAGUCCCGGUUUAAUAGUACCACCGGGAGAUCAGUUAUAUCCAAGAGAAAAUCGUCAGCCCCCGAUACCAGUGUCUUCGGAUAUGGUUCUGUUUUGUCGACGUGUUUAUGAUUACCGUGGUAAAAAGCUUGUUAAGAAUCCCGGAUGACUCGACUUUUUAUAAAACGCUUUGAACAGGAACCAAUGGAAUGCACAAAGUUUGCAGCAUAAAUUGAAACUGGACGUAGGUCUCCCUUCAAGUCUAAUUAUACAUUAAUCAAUUUUUUUGAUUUGAACAUCAUUAAUAUUUUUUUUCUAUCUAAAUAGAAAGUUUUUUUUUUUAUUUUUUCUUUUAUUUAAACAUCAAAUGAAUUGUCAUUAAUAUUUUUCUUUCAUGAUUUUUGUGAGAUUUUAUAUACAUAGGAAUUUUAUAUAGACUUAGAUUUAUUCUUAUCACGAUGAAAUAUUAAGCCGCAAAUAUAGAUUUUUUUUUUCAUUUGCAAGAGAUUUAUUUUACACGAUGUCUUACGUUUAACAAAAGCGCAAAGCACUAAGAUUCAUAGGGCGUACAGAUUUUUAAAUUUUGCUAAUGUAAAGCAAAAUAAUAGAAGAGUACUGGUUUUUAAACUAAUCAUUUUAUAAGAUAGAUAACGCUGCUUAUCAAUUUUCUACGUUUUUAACUUACAAUACAAGGAAUAUCUUGAAUUAUUUCUUAGUGAGAAAUGUUUUUGAAACUUGAGAUGAAACUAGCACAAAAGUAUAUAGGAUUCACUAUAUAACACUAAGAGUGACGUAUCCGAACGAGUAAUCAAGAGUUUGCAAUCCCGAUGAUGAAUUUCUCGAUAAUACAAAACGUGAUGUUUGAAAAAAUGCCUAAAACAUAUUCAUCUGUCGUAGAAAAGCAAAAAUGAAAAUAUGAUGCGUUCACUCAUCAAUACGGGUUGUUUUAUCGCAAACGAAAUACAUUCUUAGGGAGAUAAUAGAAUUUGACAAUUUUAUAGAGAGAAGCAUAUUUUUUGUGAGAUAGUAUUUACAACACUUAAAUGAAUAUUUUUCACAUUGGAAAUACAAAUACGUAUAUGGUAUGUAUUAGAAAGCACCCUUCUUGGAGGGGACCUUCGAACAGUUUCAAGGUAGAAAUCAAACGCCUGGGGGUAUUUGACCAUUUAGUGAAAUAGUAAAUGUAUGCGAUGUGUUCUUUAGACGAGAUGAAAGAUGAAAGCGGAGAGUAUUCAGUUUUCUGAUACAAAGGAAGAACACUUUUAUUAUCUUGCAAUUGGUCCGUCAGUUCCAUAGAGAUAUAAGAAAAGAGGGAGAUAAAAAUGCGGUUUACGCGAUCUGUUCUUAUAUCUGUAUAGUCAGACCUAUGCAUAUGCAUUAUUUUAAUACACGUAACUAAUAUAAGUUUCAUUUUUUAAUAACUACCGUUGGUGACGGAGUGUCGCGAAAAUGGAAUUGAUUCGACUGAAAUUUAAUUGGGACGGUAAGCUUCAAACAGUUACACGACUCCAUUGGAAAUGAAGAAAUUCUUAUUCAAAUUUUUCAAACUGCCAUAUCACGGAAAAUACUUAAUUACAUUUCCUUUGUCAUUGUAAAUUUAUAGACGUUUAUUUCAUUUUUAUACAAUUCUACAAUUGAAAUAGUCUUAAAUGAUCAUUGAAGAGAAAACUGAUUUUUUUUUUAAGAGAAAUAUUGGUUUUAUCCCGUCACACUUUGCAGUAAGCGUUUACUGUUUUAUCGAACUUCUUUAAAAUCACAAUGUCUCUAUCGUUAUUAGGGAAAAACGAACAAUGUGGUUGCACGGUAAUCUCUUGUAUUUUCAUCAUUUCAAGUCACAUAUUAUUCAUUAGUGCAUAGUCAGUGUAUCGCAUCGUAGUAUGCCAAAAAAAAAAGAAAAAAAAGUGUAUUUGUGAACUACGAGGAACCUUAAGUUAGCCAAUAAUAUAAUUAAUAUCACACUCGAGAGUUUAUAAUAAUGAGUAGAAAUCUUAGGAGGUAAUUAUUUUUAUUGAAAUUCCAAAUAAGAUGAUAAUGUCGACGUCUAUUUUUGAUUGUUUGUUGAGUGGCGGGUGUUUUGUUAGAAAUUAUAUUAUUUAAAAUUAAUAUAUUGAUGAUAACAAUUAUUAUUUAAUAUCUAAUAUAUUGGAUAUAGACGCUAAGUUAUUUCCGAUAGAAUGAAAAAAUAUUAUAAUUGUAGUAUAGAUAAGGGGGGAGGGAAAAGCGCUCGUGAUUGUUCCUGUCUGUCUGUCUGUCUGUAUAUGCGUGUGUGUACAUGUGUGUGUGUUUGAUGCGAAAAUAAUGACGAGACGUUGAAAGGAAAAAAGAAAAAGGAACAAAAAAUAGAGAAAAGUGGAAAACAAGAAAAAUACGUUUGAUGAAAAACCUGUAAUACCAAAUGAAUUUGUUCAUUUUCCAAAAUCUUUUUAGGGUGAUUUAAUAUAUUUUAUAUUUAUUGUUUUAUCUGUAACGAUCGAUUAGACACGCAACGAUAGGAUCGCGUAAUGAAUCGUAUUAGUGUGAGUGCGUAGAUGAGAAACAUACGAGGUAUUUUCAUGCGUCACAUAUUGAAAAAAGAAAGACAGACGUUCGUCCAGCUGCAUAUCUAAUUUUAUUGGCAGUGCUCGAUAAGCCCGAACAAAAAGAAAAGAAACGAUCACAAGGUAAAUUCAAAUUUGACGCGCGUAAAUGCAUCGUCUGAUACCGUUCUCGCAAAUCUUUUACAAAUAGUUUUAUAUUCGUUUUAACCACAUAAGCAUUUUAUCAGGAUAAUCGAAAUUGUUCACUAAGCGAGCCGCAACUUAUGCGGAUACCAUAGAGAUAUAAGAAUAAAAGUUGAAAAAGCGAUAUAUAUAUACAUAUAACAAUAGGAGAACGCUGCGUAUGGGCCCCUCGUGUUGCUGUUUGAUCGCGCAUGCGCAUUAACACAGUAAGUGUAGCGUGCGUUAUGAAGCGCACUGCGUCGCGUCUGUCACAUUAAUAUUUUUAAUUGUAUCAUUUAUAUUUUAUUAAGAAAACGCAACUCUUGGGAAUUGUGAGUGGUUUUGUAUCUCUCUUCGUAAGUUUGGAAAAUAUGGCGGGCAACAUCAAUCACAA